GUCAGUUUCUGGACCAUAGAGUUUUGUAUUGCCUUUGGUCGGACUUUUGCCCAAACCCCAGUGUCCAAUUACAAUUUCCACGUUAGCGUUUUUAAUUCGCGUUGGAGAUAGGACUUGGUUGAUAUAUGUGAUUUAGGCAACGCUAGCUAGCUGCUUACAAUGGCUAACUGUAUGGUUUUUCACACUCAAAUAGCCUCCGUCAUGGAGGUGCUUGCGAAUGCAGCCGUGGCAGAGAUCUGUAAACUCGUAGACGACGAUUAUGCAGUGUUUCGUUUGGAAGUAACUCAAAGCCAGAAAGAAAACAGGACAUUGCGGAGGAAACUACAGCUACUGGAACUGAAGAUGGCACGGGAGCGCGCAGAGAGGACAAUGCGGGAGCGCGUCCUCGCAAGUCGCCCAAGAAGUGUCAAGAUUCUCGACCAGUACAGAGGAAUGGCAAGAGGCGAAGGACAUCUCACUGGAGGCCACAGAAGCUUUGUGAAGCCAGCUGGACACAAUACAUGGAGAGAUGACCAACCAAUCACAGUUGAUGAAGGGAGUGGAACCUCAACCCAGCACAUUAUUGUGAUAGAGUCUGCAGAGGCUGCAGGUCCUGGGGUUAAGCAGGAGAUGGCUGAAGGAGAAGAGGACCCACGGCACAGCAGAGACAGCCAGACUGCAGCGGCUGGAUCGCCCCUUGUAGCCACGGAGGACCCCACCACCGCCCCAGCACAGCCCAGCAGCAUCACGGAGGUCAGUGGAACGCCGAACAUCCUCUUCAAGACAGAGACAUACCCCAAGACUUCAAUGGUGCUGGGGCGACUGGGCUGUCCUGCUCCCCACUCAGAGUAUUUACUUCACGGUAACCUGACGACGGUUCUGUCCCAUCAGGACUCCGGUGACGUGUUACAGACUGUCAAUGAUCCGUCCUGUUCAUACGCUACAGAGAAACAGAUGAUAUCUGGUGACAUGCCUGUGGGCUUAGAUACACAGACAAAUCCAAUGAGAGGAGACUGGAACCAGUACAGUAGUAGUGUAUACUCUGAAGGGCGCCUAGAUAAGAAAGGGGAAGGUCUGGUCGUAGAUGAGGUGACUGUGAAAGUGGAGGAUGACGCUCCUCUGACAUGGAAUACAGACCAGACUCAUUUAGGAGAAGGACACUCGCAGGGCAACAGCAGUGAUUUCUUAGACUACAGGGAAAGCUUAGAGACCAAUCUAAAUGUUGGGACCCACUCCCCUUUACAUGCGUUCAGGGAUCGCGACCCAGUGUCCACGUCAAUGGGGUCUUCCGAUUCACACAGCCAUGUCCUUUUCGAUCAGGUAUUGAAUUCAAACGACGGGGUUAGAGCCCAGGCUCGGGGUGGGGGAGCAACAUCAGGCAAAAGUAAAGAGAAACGGUUCCUUUGCAUGUUCUGUAACAAAGGCUUCAGCUGCCCCCAGAAGGUGGAGAUCCACCAGAGGGUCCACACAGGGGAGAAACCAUACAGCUGUACCCAAUGUCACAUUCGCUUCGCCCAGGCUGGUGACCUGAAGAGGCACCAGAGGGUCCACACAGGGGAGAAACCCUUCAGCUGUACCCAGUGUAACAUGCGUUUUGCCCAUGCUGGCAACCUGAAGAGGCACCAGAGGGUCCAUACAGGGGAGAAAUAAUACAGCUGAGCCCAGUGUGAGAAGAGAUUCUACCGCCAGCAGCCAGCUGAAGAUGCACCUGAAGGUCCACACAGGAGAGAGGUGGUUCGCACUGCAGGAAGAGGUUCUCAGAGAGGAGCUACCUCAGGAUAAACCAGCAGAAAACCAUUCCCUUGAAAGUAACCAUUUCAACUCGAUUGCUUCUGACGUUUAGAUCAAACCCUGCAUUAAAGACAGAUGAAUUGUCAAAAGAUUCACAGUUGCAUUUGGAAUUACUAAAGUAACAUAUUUCAGUGUUGAAUAUUCAGGAGGAAUGUUGCUUCCAGACAUUGUGUAAAAUAUACACUGAGUUUACAAAACAUUAGGAACAACUGCUCUUUCCAUGAAUUCAGGUGAUACCCUCUGGUGCUUAUUCAUGUCACUUGUUAAAUCCACUUAAAUCAGUGUAGAUGAAGAGCAGGAGACAGGUUAAAUAAUAUUUUUUAAGCCUUGACAAUUGAGACAUUAAUUGUGAGUGUGUGCCAUUCAGAGAGUGAAUUGGCAAGACUAAAUAUUUAAGUGCCUUUAUACGGGUAUGUAAGUAAGUGCCAGGCACACCGGUUUGAGUGUGUCAAGAACUGCAACGCUGCUGUUUCCCGUGUGUAUCAAGAAUGGUCCACCACCCGAAGGACAUCUAGCCACCUUGACACAACUCUGGAAGCAAUGGAGACCUUUGAGUCAAUGCCCCGACGAAUUGAGGAUGUUCUGAUGGCAAAAAGGGGUGUAACUCAAUAUUAGGAAGGUAUUCCUAAUGUCUUGCACACUCAGUGUACAAGGCAUAUAUAAGCCUAAACAUUUUUUAUUUGUACUGUGAAGGUCAGUGGUUCCCAACUCCAGUCCUCAAGUACCCCCAACAGCACACAUUUUUGUUGUCGCCCCAGGCAAAAAAACAGCUGAUUCAACUCAUUAACUAUGUUUCCAUUAAAUUUGUCCAGAGGUUUUUCAUUGACAUUUAGAAAGUUUGCCGAUCAAAAACAGCAGACGUAAUGACAACACAUCAAAAAAAGUACCUGUCCAAAGUUUGGACACACCAACUCAUUCAAGGGUUUUUCUUUAUUUUUACUAUUUUCUACAUUGUAGAAUAAUAGUGAAGACAUAAACUAUGAAAUAACAUAUAUGGAAUCAUGUAGUAACCAAAACAAAAUA